ACUCCACCACGACACCUCUGCACGCCCGCAACAUGGAUCUCGACGAAUGGGUCACUAGCUCGAACGAGUGCUUCGAUAUCAAUCUGUACCGACCGAGCCCUGCCGGCGAAACGCGCAUUGGCGAGACCUUCAAUCCGAGCUUUACACACGCCGUGGUUGACGAAAAUGAGUCAAUCGUUGGCUAUAAAAACCCCAAAAUUGAACUCGACUUUCGAGCGAACGACUUGAAGCCGAAGCUCAAGAUCGCAUUCGAUGCGCAGCUCGAUCUCAAGAAGCUGUCGCCCGACCUAGACCAGGCGCAAGUCGACCUCUCACCUGAGCUUUUCAAGAGUUUCCUGCCAGAGGAGGCAAAGGAAAGCGCAGCUGAGCGCGAUGCUGCGACUUCGAAAGACUGGAAGCCGCCAGGCCAGCUGAUGCAGAGCUUCACCCUGCACGGCAAGCAAUACGAGAUCUGGAAGGCGUCUAUGGUGGACUCUGCCGCGAGACAGAUCUGGCUGAACAUGAGGAUACUGGUACUGCUGUUCAUUGACGGCGCGACUAUCGACGGUCUGGACGACGAGGAGACUCUCGACCGCUGGUCGCUGUACUUCCUGUACGAAGUGGAAUCGUCCGACAUCUCUUCCACGCCAUACGUCCUCGCCGGUUUCUCUACCUCCUACCGGACAUGGGUCUUUCCCACAUUCAAGAUUGCGCGCUACACCAACAUGCUACCAAGCCCACCCCCAGAAGGUUCGAACGGCGCUGUCGAGAAGUACACACCUCGCCGCUUGACGCAAGACCCGAAAACGUUCCUGUUCAAUGAGAAGCUCAACAGACUCGAGACAUCGUCUCGAGAAAGAAUAUCACAGUUCUUGAUUCUUCCACCCUACCAGGGCCAGUCCCUGGGAUCGCGGUUGUACAACACCAUCUUCGAAGAUCUUGUAAGCAAGCCCUUCAUCUACGAGAUACCAGUCGAGGAUCCCAGCGAGGACUUUGAUGCCAUGCGCGACUACUGCGACAUCGAAUAUCUGCGCGAACUGCCUGCCUUCCAGUCUCUCUCAUUAGCAUCCAGCCUCCCAGCCGAGUCUCUUCGCAAAGAUUCUCCGAUCCCUCGCGACCAGAUUCUUGGCAACGGCGUUGAUCUAGACGACCUUCGGCACAAGACCAAGAUCGUCUCAAGGCAAUUCUAUAGGGUGCUGGAGCUCCACGCCCUUUCGACUAUCCCACCGAACCACCGCAACCGAGCGCGCAUCACCCGCAAAGCUAAGAGCAGCAACGAGAACGACCGCAAAUACUACUUCUGGAGACUGGCGCUGAAGCAUCGCAUCUACAUGCAGAACGCCGACGCCCUGGACCAGAUGGAAGUCACAGAGAAGGUCGACAAGCUAGAAGCAGCUGUCGACAACCAGCAAGAGGAGUUCGAGGAGCGACUUCAGGGCAUCGAGAAGCGGGCAAGGUGGGGACGUGGAGAAGCGAGAAGCAACGGAGCGAAGAGUAAGCGCAAGCGAGUCGUUGUCGAGGAUGAAGACGAUGAUGAUUGGGAGGAUAUGGAUGCUGAACCUGUGGCGAGCAAGAAGCCAAAGGCAUGAGGAAGAAAAAGCAUUGCGGGAGUACACGGCGUUGGGGCAUCGAUACCAUCAGAUUGCUUGAGCGUUUUCGGAUGAGAUGGGUAGUAUACCAAGGACGUCUCAAGAAUAAGACUAGUGUGUUGCUAGGAAUCAUUCGAGAUAAAUGGACUCGAAUUGCAGAUAUC